UUUGUUCAUUACAACAACGCUGGAUCUUAACAGCAGCGCAACAGUGCUCCCUCGGUCCGGCUACGAAAUCAGCGGUGCGGUUAGGCUAUAUUUUCAGUUUUGUCUUCAAUUUCAAAUUGAUCAAGUAAAUACAUUCUCCAAAACUAGCCUGACAAGAUUGAAAUGUUACAGUUUAGGUUUUCAACAGUGCUGAAGGAGUUGUCUCAAUCCAACCUUAAGCGUCCCCUGACAGGUAUUGCCAGAAAUAAAUCGUCAUCACCAAACCCAAGCUGCUUCAGAACCGCCUGUCCCGAUGCUAGAGUUUUUUCUAAGGUAAAGACUUUCCAGGCUGGGGGGCACCGACCUCUGUGCGCCUCACCUUGGAUAAGGGCUUUCUGCACGAAGACUGAAGGAGUAAUAGAUGCGACAGAACAGGUGAAGAAAGAUGAGGACGCCACAACAGCCAAGAGAAGGAAGGCAGGCAUUCUGCCCAGCCUGGAGGACCUGCUCUUCUACACCAUCGCAGAGGGCCAGGAGACAAUCCCAGCCCACAAAUUCAUCACGGCGCUGAAGGCCACGGGACUGCGGACAGGAGACCCCCGGCUUAAGGAAUGUAUGGACAUGCUGAAACUCACCCUCCAAUCCAGCACAGACGGCGUCACGCUCGACAAACACCUGUUCAAGAAAUGUGUCCAGAGCAACAUUGUGCUGCUGACGCAGGCCUUCCGCAAGAAGUUUGUCAUCCCUGACUUCCCGUCCUUCGCCUCCCACAUCGAUGAGCUGUACGAGAGUGCCAAAGACCUCAACGAAGGGCAGGUGUGUGCAGUCCCACUACAGGUUGCUGACUACAUUCCCCAGCUUGCCAAAUUCAGUCCGGACCUGUGGGCUGUGUCCCUAUGCACAGUGGAUGGACAAAGGCACACGGUGGGCGACACUAAGGUCCCGUUCUGCCUGCAGUCGUGCGUCAAGCCCCUGAAGUACGCCAUCGCUGUGCACGACCACGGCACCGAGUACGUGCACCGGUUCAUCGGCAAGGAGCCCAGCGGCCUGCGCUUCAACAAGCUUUUCCUGGACGAGGAUGUCCAGCAUCGCUGUGUUCCCCAAACAGUUAACAUUGGCCCAGUUCAUCACAUUCCCGGAGUCACACCCCCUCUCUACACAGAUAAACCCCAUAAUCCGAUGGUCAAUGCUGGGGCGAUAGUGUGCACGUCCCUGAUAAAGCAGGGAGCAGGCAACGCUGAGAAGUUUGACUACGUUAUGAACUUCCUGCAGAAGAUGGCAGGCAAUGAGUAUGUGGGAUUCAGCAACGCCACAUUCCAGUCAGAACGUGAGACAGGGGACAGGAAUUUUGCCAUCGGCUACUACAUGAAAGAGAAGAAGUGUUUUCCAGAGGGGACUGACAUGACGUCCAUUCUGGACUUCUACUUCCAGCUGUGCUCCAUUGAGGUGACCUGCGAGAGUGCCAGUGUCAUGGCGGCAACCCUGGCCAACGGCGGCUUCUGUCCAAUCACGGGCGAGCGUGUGCUGAGCCCAGAGGCUGUGCGGGACACUCUGAGCCUCAUGCACUCCUGCGGCAUGUACGACUUCUCUGGGCAGUUCGCCUUCCAUGUGGGUUUGCCAGCUAAGUCUGGGGUGGCUGGCGGUAUCUUACUGGUAGUGCCCAACGUGAUGGGUAUCAUGUGCUGGUCUCCUCCACUGGACAAGCUGGGCAACAGUGUGCGGGGCAUCCAGUUCUGCACUGAUUUGGUAUCCGUGUUCAACUUCCACAACUACGACAACCUGAGGCACUUCGCCAAGAAGCUGGAUCCUCGUCGCGAGGGAGGGGAUCAGCGGGUGAAGUCUGUCAUCAACCUCCUCUUCGCCGCCUACACUGGGGACGUGUCAGCACUCAGACGAUUUGCAUUAUCCUCCAUGGACAUGGAGCAGAGGGACUAUGACUCCCGGACGGCUCUACAUGUGGCUGCAGCUGAAGGGCACAUUGAAGUGGUGCGAUUUCUUAUGGAGGCUUGCAAGGUGAACCCAGUGCCUAAGGACAGAUGGGGCAAAACUCCUAUGGACGAGGCAGUGCACUUCGGCCAUCAUGACGUGGUGACCCUUCUGCAGGAGUACCACACCAAGUACAGCCCCCAGAGCAAGGAGCCUGCAAAGGACUUAGACACGAGUAACCUGGACGGCCUGCUGUAACAUUCCAGUCCAGCAGGGGGCUCCACUUCAUGUUUUCACCACCAAAUCUCAAGCCUGAUGCUUUUCUGUUGAUUUCUGUACUUCUGUAUUUUUGAAUGUGAUGUGUUCUCUGUGUGAAUGUGCUGCUUGUGUGCGUGCGUAGAUCAACUGCUAUCUUCUCUCUCUCUCUCUGUGAAAACGUGUUGCCCUUUCCCGUACGUUGGUCUGUGUGUGGUUAACAGUUGUGAGUGUGCAUGGUGAUAGCAUUGAUAACAGUAACGAAGUCUAAAGACCAAACCAAUGAAGACAUAUGUACAUAACAGUAUCAGCUAUUUCACAGGCUCAUAUAUCAUAUCAUGAUUUUGAAGUCAGUCUGUCCUGGAUUCAUCAGAUCCUGACUGACUGCUAGACCAGGGGCCAGCCCAACAUUCUUGGAUUGGUGGGUUGGUUCACGGAGGUGAAAAGGAAGAAGUGUGUAGGUGGUGGGGAAUUAAUGAAAUUCCACAAAACACUUAAAAAAAACUCCAGACAUAGGAGGUCGUAUAGGAGGAAAACAAACAAAAACCUGUUUGACUAGCCACUGCUCAAGUGAGAGGCUUCUCAAGGGAGCUGAAGCACAUGACACUUUGGUACAUUUUCCCACUUUAUCAUCAUGCGCUAACAAAACUCCACGCACUAUUUUACACAGAAUAGUCCACAGAUGUAUAUUUACAUACGAAAACUUGAUAUUUGCUUUCGUUAUUUCAUAUACUAUAAAGCGUAGUUUUGGCCCCGAACAACAAGGUUAGCAUUUAGGCCUCUUUGGGUUUGGUAGAAGCAAUGAAUGUUUAGUAUUUCACAAGUAUUUUUGUACUGCCUGUUUUGUAAACUCAUGUAAGAUGCGUAUGUUCAAAGAUUAAACCAAAUCGGUUCGGGGGAAUGUCAUAAUUUCCCAUCCUGAUAUCUAAUGUUAGGCCUCUGAAGCUUUUUAUUUUUGGAAGGACCAUCUUGGGGCCGAUCAGGUGGGGGCCAACAGCAGCACGGUAGUUUUGCAAAGCCAGACGUGACUUCGGCACUAUGUGAAGACCCCUCAGUGACCCCACUGUGGGUGUGGAGAUUGUCUAAAACAUACACUGACGAGGCUUCAGCUACGGUUUGUCGUUCUAAGCCCCAACUUAUCUGCAGCACGUGCCUGUACUUUUAGCCAAACAUAACCAACCCUCCUUCAAGCUGCACCAACAGGAGGCGUUUGGAUUUCAAAUGAGGUUAACACAAUAAUUGUUCCCACCCACAUUUAGCCAAUGGUUCACUAUAAUUGUUUCCGAAUAUAUUGUAUAAUGUAUAUAAAGUAUACAUUAAUCUGGCUAUACGAUUCAAAGCUAGCUCUCUAGCAAGGUUCCAAGCAGUACCUGCAAGAAAAGAGCGCUGUCAUCAGCUCUGUUCUUUUUGGGUCAUUGUGUGUGCGGUAAUGUUUGAGUACCUGGAAAAGCGAUAUAUAAAAUUAAAGUAUUAUUAUUAUUAUUAUUAUUAUUAAUAAUAAUGUUCUGUUAUGUGACCUCCACCUGGUCCUCUCCAGCGACUGCUCUUACCACUUUGACGGACAGUGAGGAGGACUUAGUCAUCCUACGAGACUGAUUUUAGUGAACGCCUCUCUAUUUAUAUCAUCUGAUCCGUGAGACAAGCUAUGGCGAACUGCACGUAGCACGAAGAAUGGGGCGAUCUUACUGUAAGUGUGGAUCGGUUUUAGCGAGUGGUGUUUCUGGAUGAGUACCGAAAGCUGCAGUGAUGACAUGGGCUAAUUUGGCUUUGUUUAAAGGUAAAGUCCGUCAUUCUAGUCCCAUACACUUUUUAUCAAAUUCAGUGAAUAGCUUCUCACGGCCCUCCUGCUGUCCAUGCAGUGUUUGCACUAAAGAAAACUAGUGUUUGUACACAGCUCUGCCUCCGAAAACAAACAGUCCGUUAACAAUCCCAGCAGCUAAUCAGCACAGAGCUUCAGGAGCACGGAAGGGAGGGCCUGCGUAAUUUGAUGUUCAAAUAUCAACAAACUUUUGUCGAGAUGGAAUCGCGGACUCUACUUUUAAGCUCUAGCCACAAUGAUGUAGUUCAGCAUAGAGAGCAACAGACAAGUCUCUGUAUCACUGCUUGUGUUCUUUUAGGGGAGCAACAGACAGGUCUGUGUGUCACCACUUGUGUUCUUUGGAGCAACAGACAAGUCUCUGUAUCACUGCUUGUGUUCUUUUAGGGGAGCAACAGACAGGUCUGUGUGUCACCACUUGUGUUCUUUGGAGCAACAGACAAGUCUCUGUAUCACUGCUUGUGUUCUUUUAGGGGAGCAACAGACAGGUCUGUGUAUCACCACUUGUGUUCUUUGAGGGGGUGAAGUAGGUGCUGACCAGCCUAAACCAGUCUUCAGACAGACCUGAAUGUAUCACACUGGUCACUGCAAUGACGAUGUUGUCCUUUUUUUUCUGUUUGUGGUUAUAAAGGUGUGUAAGGUAUACAGUAAUAACAAGUAAACAUAUGCACUACAUAUAUAUUUAUUUAAAUGAACAAAUGUUAAAUAAAGCAAAGCUAUUCAGACCCAA